AUGAUACCAAGUUUUCCAACGCAAAUGCCGUCGCCGCGAUUGAGAAGCGCCGCCUCGUUCCUGAGCCAUCACCAACAGCACCACAAGCGUCGAUGCCCAUAUGCUCGCACAGCGAAUAAGAGACUAUUCUCAACGACAACGCCAUACUUUGCAGCAAGCCGCGAACCAACCCUCUACGAAAUCCUCGACGUCCCCCCAACAGCGUCACUAUCAGAGAUCAAAAAACAAUUCUACUCCCUCUCCCUCCGCCACCACCCCGACCGCAACCGCGCCGAUCCAACCGCCUCCUCCCGCUUCGCCCGCAUCUCCUCCGCCUACCAAACACUCGGCAACGCCGCAAAACGCGCCUCCUACGACCGCGACCACGGCAUCCAUACAUCCCCCUCGUCAACAUACAGCACCGCCAACCCCGGUCAACACCCAAUGGGCAGCUACAGCAGCCACAGCGCGAACGUAAGCAGCAAGGGGGCCUCGUAUGCGGGGUCCCGCCCCGCGAGCGGGUUGAGUAAACGGCGAGGGCCGUUUAGGGGGCCACCGCCAAGUUUCUAUGCGCAUGGGGAGUAUGGAAAUCAGGCGGGGAGGAGGGCGCCGCAUGGGGGUGCGGCGGGGUGGGCUUCUUCAUCGUAUGCUGGGACUGGGGCUGCGGAGGAGGAUCCGUUGUCGUUUUUGGAUAAGAAUCCGAUUCAUCAUUUUAAUGCGCGGGGGCAUUAUAAGACGCAGUCGGCGGAGGAUGCGAGGCGGCAGGAGCGGCGGUCCAGGGCUAUGGGCGAUGAGUUGAAUGAGCAGUAUAUUGGCAAGCCUGGGGACUUUGCAUUCCGAUUCUUUAUUGUUUUCGGUAUCCUUAUGGGUGCGGGGGCUAUGACUGGGAUUCUCUGGAAGCCCAAGGAUCAAAAGAGUUCCAAGAGAGCUGCUACGGGAUGA